GUACAGCAAGACUAAAGAGUGUACAGUUUGUUAAAUAAAUUGCCGUAGUGAAGACAACAGAUAUGUUGCGGCAAUUAAUACUAUUGGCAUUUAUGUGCGCUGGCAUAAAAUCCGUUUAUUCGGAUACGAACUACAGGUUGAAUACAACCAUUGUGCCUUCAGCGUACACUAUAUCCAUAACACCAUAUUUUGACACUGGUGAUAAGUCAGCAUUCACGUUUGAUGGAGAAGUCACCAUAACAUUUAUACCUGGAUCGAAUAUAAAUAAAAUAAAACUCCAUUCGGAAGAUCUAACAUUUAGCGCUUCAAAUAUAUCUUUAACAAAUGGUUCUAAUACUGUCAGCCUUCAUGCAGACAAUCCUCUUCAAUUUGAGACUAAUUACACAUUUGCACACAUUAAUUUACAAAACGAAAUUUCAUCUGGAGUUGAAUAUGUCUUGAAAAUAACAUACCAAGGUACAAUCAGAUCGGACUUGAAUGGCUUUUAUAAAAAUUAUUACAUCGAGAAUGGCGUUAAAAAAUGGCUUGGCGCUACUCAAAUGCAACCUACUCAUGCCAGAAAAGUGUUUCCAUGCUUCGACGAGCCAGAACUGAAGGCAGAGUUUACCCUCAUCAUUGACAGACCACAAAAUUACAAACCAACUUUAGCUAAUACGAAGCUGCAAAGCACAGUAACACUGUCAAACGGUUAUGUCCGUGAAACAUUUUAUCCAACGCCAAAAAUGUCUACGUAUCUAGUGGCUUUUCUAGUAUCAGAAUUUGAAGCCGGUGCUUCAAUCACAGUUGGAAGCAACGAAUUUGGAGUAUACAGUAGACCAGACGCUAAGAAUCAGAGUGAAUAUGCAUUUGAUUUCGGUCAAAGAGUAGUAAAGGCGCUUGGUGACUUUUAUGGAAUUGAUUAUUAUUCUACGAGCAGCGAUUUGAAACUCGAUCACAUUGCAUUACCUGAUUUUAGAGCUGGUGCUAUGGAAAACUGGGGUCUUAUCAAAUACAGGGAAGCAUUGUUAUUAUAUUUACCUGAAGAAUCGACACCAUAUUUUAAAUACAGAGUGGCACAGAUAAUAGCUCAUGAAACGACACACAUGUGGUUUGGUGAUUUGGUAACAUGCCACUGGUGGAGUAACACCUGGUUGAACGAAGGUUUCGCUAAUUACUUCCAAGACUACAUAACCUCUAUGAUAGAACCAGACGUUGGAUCAGGAGAUAUGCUCGUUAUUGGUUCAGUGUAUUCCGCUUAUGAUGCAGACAGUACACCUGAUUCUCCAGCAAUUACUAACAACAAUGUCAAUUCACCAGCGGAAAUUAGCGGCCACUUUGGCACUAUCACAUAUCAAAAGGCGGGUUCAGUGAUUAGAAUGAUGCAUCAUUUAAUAGGAGACGAGGCAUUUAAGUUUGGUCUUAAUGCAUAUUUAUCAGCAAAUAAAUUUCAAUCCGGUUACCCGGACAAGCUUUACUCGUCUCUUAAUCAGGGUGUCAAUAAUUUCAAUUCGAUGUCCAACUACUCCGGAUUUGAUAUUACAAGUGUUAUGAGUUCUUGGAUCACACAAGCCGGACACCCGAUUUUAAAUGUCGAAGUCAACCAUGAUGAUUCAUCGAUUACCUUAACCCAGAAACGUUUUUACAUCGAUCCAUCGCAUUCGUCUGAUGAAAUUUACAAAAUACCGAUCACUUACACGCUCGACACUGACUUCAAUUUCGGAAAUACGAAACCAGCAUUUAUCAUGGAUAGCAAAACUUAUGUAUUACAAAUUAAAGAAAUAAAAGAGAAUCACAGUUGGCCGAUCUUCAAUAUUCAAGAAACUGGUUUGUACAGAGUCAACUAUGACAGUCACACUUGGUCCCAUAUAUCUGAACAUUUGAAAGGAAGUAAACGGGAAGAAAUCCAUUACAUUAACCGCGCUAAGAUUGUUAACGAUCUUUUUGCGUUCUUGUUUGCUGAUGAAGUACAAUUCGAGCUUCUCAAUAAUGUGCUACAUUUCUUGAAAAAUGAAACUGAAUAUGCGGUGUGGAAUGCAGCGAUCCGUGGUUUGAAAAAAUUGAGGAAUCAUUAUAUCGGUUCGGAUACUUUGGCUCUUGUUGACGAGUUUGCUUUGAAUUUGAUGGAAAAUAUUAUAAAUCAUCUGGGCUACGAAGUGAGAACUACAGACGAUUUCGUCACUACUAGGAACAGGAUGCAGGUGUUAGAAUUUGCUUGCCAAUUAGGACAUAAGGGAUGCAUAGAUAACGCACGAGCGAUGUUCCAAGAUUUCAAAAAUAACGGUAAACGGAUUGACCCUAGUCUAAGACCAGUUGCAUACUGUACAGGCCUCCGUUUAGGUAACGGUGAUGAUUACGACUUCCUAUGGAACAGAAUGACUAAAACCAAUGUAGCAAAUGAGAUUUGGAUUAUCGGUGAUGUUUUGGGUUGUACUUCAGACGAAACUAAACUUAACAGUUACCUGGUUUCAAUGCUUGUUGAAAACAGCCCAAUAAAGACUCAAGAUCUUACAGUUCCACUGUCAAGUGUUCUCUCUAACUACAGUCACGUCCAUGUCGUUUUGGAAGGACUACAAUCAAAUAUUUCUCUAUGGAAAUCAAUUUAUCCUUCACUGGAUUCAGUUCUUUCUACUGUUGCCUCUGCUCUACACACUCAAGAAGAUUUCAACAAAUACGACACCUGGCUCUCGUCAUGUUCAGAAUGUGGUGAACAAGCCGUGGCGAGCGCGAAAGCGGCAUUGAUCAAAGCCAAGGCAGUAACAACGUGGGCUGACAAUCAUAGAAGCUAUAUAUGGAGCAGUUUGAGAAGCGAUGCCGGGAAGUUGUCGGCGCCAAUCAUGGUACUGGUUCUGAGUGUAAUUACUCUGACCAAUAUAUUUUAAGAGCGGAAUGAUUUCUAUUUAGUUUGUUUUAUUUUAUUUCAAUUCAUUCAUUCAUCUUUAAUCGUUAUAUUUCUUCAUUGAGUAGUUUGUUAUUAUUAUAUAUAUAAAUAAUAUUUAUGAAACUAAAUAGGUAUAUUGCUUAAGAUAAAAUACAUGCGUUAUAUUUUAAUUAUAUAUAUUUAAUUUAUAGUUAAAUGUAAAUGUUGCAUUAUUUUAAUUUGAAGACGUGAAGAGAUCCCAGUCCACUAAAAUGUAAUUUGUAAAUAUACGUUAGUAAUUCCAUAA